UAUGUUCGUCGCUCUAUUCGCUACACAUGUGAUAAUGUUUUGGUUUGAGAGAGAGUGGGAGAGAAGUUGUAUUGUGUUGUUGGUGAAUUAUGUUUUCAGUGGCGUUUGCUAAUGUCUGUGCGUGUCAGACAAUAAGCAAUUUUCACCCUGACAAGGAUGCAUGAUGUGAUAACAUGUUAACAGGUGGAGUACGACGAUACUGAAAGUUACUCAGCGAAUAACAAGAUGAGCACCCGUAAACGAACAGGGACGGAAGUGAGGAAUCACUCGACUGAUAUAGAAGACGGAUAUCUACCAGAAAAGAGAAGUGACAUCAAAGGAGAUGAAAAAAAUAUCGCUAUUCUGUUCUUUCUGUACUUGUUACAAGGAAUCCCUAUUGGGCUUACUGCGGCAAUCCCUAUGUAUCUCCGAAACAGAGGCGUGAGCUAUCGACAACAAGCUGAAUUUAGUUUUGCGCAUUGGCCAUUUAGCCUGAAGCUUUUGUGGGCCCCAAUUGUGGACUCGGUUUUCUCCACACGCUUUGGUCGACGAAAGUCAUGGCUGGUACCAACUCAGUACCUGAUUGGUUUUUUCAUGAUGUUCUUAUCAGCUAAUGUAGAACACUGGCUUGAAGGAGAAUCUGCAGGAACAAAUGGCCCUAGUACUGGGACCUUGACAGCAUUUUUCUUCUGUCUCAACUUCUUAGCGGCCACACAAGAUAUUGCAGUUGAUGGAUGGGCUCUCACCAUGCUCAAGAGGAACAAUGUAGGACAUGCCUCAACUUGCAACAGUGUUGGACAGACUGCUGGAUAUUUCUUAGGAUAUGUUGUGUUUAUGGGAUUAGAAUCAGCUGAGUUCUGUAAUGCAUACCUUAGAUCUGAGCCAGAACCUCAGGGAUUAGUAACAUUAUCAGGUUUUCUGUACUUCUGGGGACUAGUAUUUCUAGUCACAACAACACUUGUUGGCCUGUUCAAACAUGAGAUUCCAUGUCGUGAAGGAAAUGAACCACAUGACACUGAUUUAGGUGUCAAAGAGACGUAUAAGUUGUUGUGGGAUAUAGUACGUCUGCCUGCAGUCCGUACAACCAUUGUUGUUCUGUUAACUAGCAAGAUUGGAUUUUCUGCCUGUGAUGCUGUGACUAGCUUAAAACUAGUGGAUGCUGGCGUUCCCAAGGAGAAGCUGGCACUAAUAGCCAUACCACUUGUUCCACUGCAGAUAAUUUUGCCAUUGGUGUUAAGCAAGUAUACUGUUGGACCACGUCCAAUGGAUGUUUACCUGACUGCGAUUCCCUAUCGAUUGCUAUGUGGCCUUAUUGCUGCACUUUUAGUGUGGAUCACACCUAGCUUCGUUCAUGAUGGCAGUAUACCAAUACAUUACUAUGUUAUGGUAAUUAUUGUUUAUGGAUUGCAUCAGGUGGCUUUGUACAGCAUGUUUGUUGCUGUGAUGGCAUUCUUUGCACGUAUAAGUGAUCCAGCUGUUGGAGGAACAUACAUGACCUUGCUUAAUACAGUGGCAAAUUUGGGUGGAAACUGGCCAGCAACAGUAGCUUUGUGGUUUGUUGAUGGACUAACUUACAAGGCAUGCAGUAUGGCCCAGGACAAUAACUGUAGUUCUGAAUCAGAAAAGCAGGCUUGCAUUUCCCAAGGAGGCUCUUGUGAAACAGUGUUGGAUGGCUACUAUGUAGAAAGUGCAGUAUGUGUAGUGAUAGGUUUCCUUUGGCUACUGUGGGGCAAGAAAAGGGUUAAUUAUCUUCAGUCAAGAGGUGACAAUGCGUGGAAAGUUGUACGAAUGAGGACUAGAUAACAGUUGGCUUGUGUUUAGGGAAACACUUUUGCUCUGUGACAUGACGAGUGUGUGUGUGUAACAAGAAAUAUUUUUGUAUGAAAAUGGAAGUAUAAACAUAGACAUCUACAUUCCAUGCCUCUGUCAUGCACAUUUCAGAUUCUUAUAUGAAAUGUACUUCUGUUGCAGAAUUGUUAUUUGAAAAGAAGUUAUAAACUAUGUUUGAUAAUUUGUCGUUUUAUCAAAAUUAUUGCAUGUUAUAUAUGUGCACUUAAUACUUCCUACUCUUUUACUGUCAUGACACUGUCAUUUUGUAAAUAAUGCAGUUAUAUGAAAGUUUAAAUUGACAAUGAAAUGCUGCUUAAGGCUGCUAUAACAGCUUGUAGCAAAAUGUUGUUGUGGUGGUCUUCAUGCCAUGUUAUCAAUAUAAGUGCACCGUUUUAUUUCUGUGCAAUGGUGUGGUGCUACUCAGUAUUUUGUUACAUGUGUUUUGUUAUUUACAACUUGACUUUUGUUUCAUCUUUUGUGUUGUUAAGUUUGUGUUACAGUUCGACUUAUUUAAGAAAUGUGCUGCAUUGCACCUCCCAUCAAUGUGCCAUGCAUUCAAGGUGCAACUAUUUUGAGCACAAAUUCUGUAUUGGGAAAAAAUAUGUAGAAGGUUCUACGAAUUUGUUGCCUGUUUUGUCAAGUAAGAUUCAGGGUAACUCUGUCCAGAAAGUAUUUAUUAUAGUACCUGGUUUCAUACAAAAAAUAGCAAUGCUAAUAUUUUUUGAGUGCUUCAGCAAAAUUUUAUUUUGUAUGUCACCAUCAGUGGUGAUGUGUGAAUUAAACAAUAAAAAAACAUGUGGAAUUCA